CCAAUCAGUGUCAGCGGAGGAACUUCAGAGUGGAGCUGCAGGGUUUGGAUUUCAGAGUUGGGAGAGCGAUUUUGGCACUGGCGCAAAGAGGACGGUCAUCUAUCCCCCUAAAACGCUCUCCUUGCUUUUUUUACAUGUCUGUCCGUGUUAUACCGUCUUCCGAGAAACAAUAAGACGCGUUAGAGGCUGCGGGAUGUACACGGCCGGGCUCAACCCGUUUUACGCAUCGAAUUUUAGCCUCUGGUCCGCGUACUGCGCAGGGGGCUUCGCUGUGGAUACCAUGAAGAAACCCUCCUUUUGCAUCGCAGACAUUUUGCAGGCUGGAGACGCGGAGAACAUCCCGGGAUCGUCGGCCCUCAUGGUGCAUAUGGGACACCACCACCACCACCACCACAACAAUCACCGUGCGCAACAGGGGCACUCCGGCAGCUCGCCGUUGCGCCCUUCUCCUGUUGCGCCGGAGCCUUCGGUAUACGGUGCCAGGGUGAGUCCGGCGUCCCCUUACCACAGACACGGACUACAGCUCACAUCAGUCUCCAGGACUGCAUUAAAUUCCCAACAAGGUCCCCCGCCUUCAAGCAAAGACCUCAAAUUCGGAAUUGAUCGGAUAUUGUCGACAGACUUUGAUCCAAAGGGCAGAGAAAAGUCGUCGUUAAGAGAUCUCACAUCCAUCGUUAGCUCGAACCGUCAGUCAGGGAUCCACAUCCCCGUUCAGCCUCCGGCCAGCCAGUACUUCUCCUCCAUAGACCCCGGGAUGAGCGACGCGUCCUCCAUGAUGAGUUCACUAGGCAGCAGCAGCAGCAGGCAAUCAGGCCAGCAUCAGUUUCAGGACACCUUCCCAGGUCCAUACGCCGUCCUCACAAAAGACACCAUGCCACAGACGUAUAAGAGGAAAAGGUCGUGGUCGAGGGCGGUGUUCUCAAACCUGCAGAGAAAAGGACUCGAGAAGAGAUUCGAGAUACAAAAAUAUGUCACCAAGCCAGACAGAAAGCAGCUGGCUGCGAUGCUGGGGCUGACAGACGCUCAGGUCAAAGUGUGGUUUCAGAACAGACGCAUGAAGUGGAGACACUCCAAAGAGGCCCAGGCUCAGAAGACAAGAGAAGAGCAGCCGGAGAAGAGUGUGUCCGAGUCCGGCAGCGGGGAGCCGAAGGAGCCGGCGGAGUCCGAGUGUGAGAGCGACGCAGGAGCGAGGUGUGACUCCGACGAGGCUCCGGAGGAAAACUCUGACGGACAAUUGGACGUUUCUGAGCUCAACAAAACCAGCGUGAUCAUGAGCGGGAGCGGGCCGGCGAGCGGCGCAGAGGCGGCGGCCACAGGCACGGACACGCCGGCCUCUCAGAUACUGAUAUGAAGGCAGCGUGAAGAGUUGUUUUAUGAACUGCAACGACGAGUUUCUAUUUAUAUUAUUAUUAUUAUUAUUAUUAUUAUUAUUAUUAUUAUAUUAUUAUUAUUUAUUUGACAGAAGAACGACAGUGAUGUUCAAACACAUCUGGAGCGUUUAUGUAGUAACAUGUGGCCCCCCUGAAGUCCUUCUGGGAACAAGUGGAGCAGCAUUAUGUCCGGACACACGCAUCAUAAGUAGAUUUAUUUCCUCCCUUUAUAAUAAUAAUAAUAAAAAAGCUAUUUUUAAAUUUCAAAAUAAGACUUCCGGCCACCUCCAAGUGUCUCUUACUGUCGUUUUCCUCUCAAGAGCUUUCGUGUGCAUCAUGUUUUCCUCAUCUGCAGGAAAUAUGCGGUUGUGAAUUUAAAUUUUUAGGUUAUGAACCACUCGUUUCACGUGUUCAUGUAUUUUCUUUUUUUUUGUUUGUUUGUUUUUGUCUGGAUAUAUAGAUGUCCUAUUUUGUUAAUAAUAAUUUGCACUGAAAAUAUUGUAAAUAAAA